GAAUCGGAGAUUUCUCAAAUUUAAAAAUAAAAAAAAUUAAAAUCAUAUGGUUUUAAUAAUUUGAAUAAAAAAGGGAAUUUGUAUUCAGAAGCUUGUAGCUGCCGUACUCCCAUCGGUGGGAAGUGUAAGUGAGGUGGCAAAGGUGCGCGCGUGUGAUUACGAGUCCCCGCCCAUUCUUUUUUCUUCUGCUGCCGAUCCUACCAUUUUGAAUACCAUACACACAUACUGAUCCCACAGGGAGAGAGGGGAAGCAGAAAAGCUAAUCUCUGAGAGAUCGGUGAUGGCAUCCUCCAAAGACCGCGACACCUUCGUCUACGUCGCCAAGCUCGCCGAGCAAGCCGAGCGCUAUGACGAAAUGGUGGAUUCCAUGAAGAAAGUGGCGAAGCUGGACGUGGAAUUGACCGUGGAGGAGCGGAACCUGCUCUCGGUUGGCUUUAAGAACGUGAUCGGCGCUCGGAGGGCUUCCUGGAGGAUUCUUUCAUCGAUCGAGCAGAAGGAGGAAGCUAAAGGGAACGAUCAGAAUGCGAAGCGGAUCAAGGAGUACAGGCAAAAGGUAGAAUCGGAGCUUUCCGGAAUUUGCAGUGAAAUUAUGACUGUUAUUGAUGAGCAUCUCAUUCCAUCUUCUUCGGCCGGUGAAUCUACCGUUUUUUACUACAAAAUGAAAGGCGACUAUUAUCGGUAUUUGGCGGAGUUUAAGUCUGGCAACGAGAAGAAAGAGGCUGCUGAUCAGUCACUGAAAGCUUAUCAGACAGCUUCUACGACAGCAGAGGCUGAUUUAUCUCCCACACAUCCCAUUCGACUGGGUUUGGCCUUGAACUUCUCUGUUUUUUACUAUGAAAUUAUGAACUCCCCUGAAAGGGCCUGCCACCUCGCAAAGCAAGCUUUUGAUGAAGCUAUCUCAGAGUUGGAUACUCUGAAUGAGGAGUCUUACAAGGAUAGCACAUUGAUUAUGCAACUUCUGAGGGACAACCUCACCUUGUGGACUACUGACAUCCCAGGGGAUGAUGGUUAGAAUCUGACAGACGGAGUAUCGUGUAAAAGAUUUCAGAUUUGAAGACAUGGUAGGAAAUAUAAAUUUAAAUGGCAGAGCACUAAUAAGUUAGCUGAAAAAGUUUAGAUGAUAUGAUAUUUCAUGGUUCGCUUCUAAUGAAUUGCAUUGUAUAUUUAUGAGAAAAUGCUUCAACAAUAUUGUCAUUCAUCAAGAAACAUUGCCAAAGACAUAAAGGUCUGCAAGUGCAAGAUAUCACAUCAGGAUGUGCGAGUAGUAAAAGGACUUUGAGGUCUACUGUGCUGAAAGCUUUAAUUGCGUCUUAAGUUUCUAGUUUUCUUAUUCAGUUUCUAGGUGGAAGGUUUGACAUAAUAGAAAUCCUAAUUGAGCGAAGUUACACUAUUGCCUAGACUUAAAAUGGUGAACUUUGGAAGGGUAACAUGUUUUUCUACACCAUCAUUUGAUUAUGUUUCCAAGUUCGUGAAGUUUAUGCAAUUUGCUGGUAUUGCAAAUUAGAAUGCUGUCUCUGUCAUUGCAUCUGUGUUACUAUUCUUGUAUAAAAUAGUAUCAUAUAUUCCAUUUUAUAUCCACUCAUCUAUGAGUAACUUUUUUCACUAGUGGUGCAAGGAAUGGGGUACUAUAUGUUUUAAUUGUGUAUACUGGUGUUUAUGUUAUUUGGUCAUUAUUUUUAUUAAGCAGAAGAGAGCUGGAAGCUGGAAACCUCUGCUAGGGCUGGUGGGAAUGAAAA